AUGAUAACACUUGGAUGGGAUGUUGGUGCGAUAGGAAAUGCAGUGUGGGGUGGGGCCAAAUUAGCAGAUGUUCUUGAACUAGUUGGAAUUCCUAACUGCUCACGUGUAACACCAUCUGGACAAAAGCAUGUUGAAUUUGUAAGCAUUGAUAAGUGUAAGGAAGAAAAUGGAGGCCUUUACACGGCAUCUAUCCCGUUGAUUCAAGCCACAAACCCCGAGUCUGAUGUUUUACUAGCUUAUGAGAUGAAUGGAGAGACUCUUAACCGGGAUCAUGGAUUUCCAUUGCGUGUGAUUGUCCCUGGUGUUAUUGGUGCUCUUUCUGUUAAAUGGCUUGAUUCCAUCAACAUUAUUGUAGAAGAAUGCCAGGGAUUCUUCAUGCAAAGGGAUUAUAAAAUGUUUCCACCUUCAGUUGAUUGGAACAACAUCAGUUGGCCCACGAGGCGUCCACAGAUGGAUUUUCCUGUUCAGAGUGCAAUAUGUUCUCUGGAAGAUGCAAACUUGGUAAAACCCGGAAAGCAGAUAACUAUCAAGGGUUAUGCAACAUCAGGAGGUGGACGAGGCAUAGAAAGAGUCGAUGUAUCUAUAGAUGGAGGCAAGACAUGGAUGGAAGCCUCUAAAUCACAAAAAUCCGGCGUUCCAUACAUUUCUGACCAUGAAAGUAGUGAUAAAUGGGCAUGGGUGCUUUUUGAGGCUGAAGCUAACAUACCUCAGAGCACUGAGAUUGUUGCCAAAGCAGUGGAUGUGGCUGGAAAUGUCCAACCUGAGAACGUAGAUGUCAUCCGGAACUUGAUGGGGAUACUAAACACUUCAUGGCAUCGGGUCCAAGUCCGUAUUGGUCACUCAAACCUAUAG